CCCCCUCGGGCCACCCUCUCUCGAGCUGGAGACUCCGGCUCCCCUUCGGAUCUCAGUCCGGUAACAGAGGGACACUGGAAUGGACACGGAAGGGAGUCAGAGCAGCCUGUCGUCCACCGCGCAGGACUCCCCGCACGACCCCUGCAAGAUGUUCAUCGGCGGCUUGAGUUGGCAGACGACACAAGAGGGGCUGAAUGAGUACUUCUGUAAAUUCGGAGAGGUGAAGGAUUGCAUGGUGAUGCGGGAUCCGGUUACCAAGCGCUCGAGGGGGUUUGGGUUUGUCACCUACCUGGAUCAAACCGGUGUGGAUAACGUUUUGGCCCAAAACAGACACGAGCUGGAUUCAAAAACGAUUGACCCGAAAGUGGCUUUCCCGCGCAGAGCUCAACCCAAACUGGUUACAAGAACAAAGAAGAUUUUUGUUGGAGGACUUUCAGUCAACACCACCAUUGAAGACGUCAAGCAGUAUUUCGAUCAGUUCGGAAAAGUCGAUGACGCAAUGCUCAUGUUUGACAAAACCACCAACAGGCACAGAGGGUUUGGCUUUGUGACUUUUGAGAAUGAAGAUGUUGUUGAGAAGGUCUGUGAGAUCCACUUCCAUGAGAUUAACAACAAGAUGGUGGAGUGUAAGAAGGCUCAGCCGAAGGAAGUGAUGUCACCGGUGGGGACGGCCCGUGGGCGCUCUAGAGUGAUGCCCUAUGGGAUGGAAUCCUUCAUGUUGGGAAUCGGUAUGUUGGGUUAUCCCGGAUUCCAGACGACCACAUACACCAGUCGCGGGUACCCGGGAAUCACACCAGGAUACACCUAUCAGUUCCCAGAAUUCCAUUUAGAGCGGACGCCGCUUCUGACGUCCACACACCCGCCUGAGAUCACAGCCAUUCCACUGACAGCGUAUGGACCAAUGGCAGCGGCGGCAGCAGCGGCGGUGGUCAGAGGCUCCACCCCCUCACGUGCCGCUGGCUUUCUGGGUACCAGCAGUCCUGGGCCAAUGGCAGACCUGUACGCAGCAGCCAGUCAGGAUUCAGGAGUCAGUGGCUACAUCAGUGCGGCAAGCCCCGCCCCCAGCGCAGGGUUCAGCCACGGCCUCGGGGGUCCUUUGAUCGCCACCGCAUUUACCAACGGUUACCACUGAAGACCCUCCACUGGACGUCCAGCGCCGGACGACUGAUGAUGAUGUCACGAGCAUCUGCGGUCCCUCGCGUUUCAUUUUCUCUUUUCUCCACUAACAUCACCUUUAGUUUCCAUCCGUUUCUCCGGCCGUCACAUGCUCGAAAAUAAUGUUGUUUGAUUGUACACGGGGAAACACGCAAGGAAUUUUAUACUCCACCGUUUUUAUUUGACAAGUUUUUCCAGUUUGUUCUGUUGUUGUUUUUUUGCUGAAUGUGUUUGAAUGUUUUUACUGUACUCGUGCUGUAACGGAUGGAGUGAUCGAGAGAGAGAGAGAGAGAGAGAGAGAGCUGAGAAACACAUCAGGAGUGUUUUUCACAUUGAGGUUCGUAACUAAUGUAAACAACCAUGAACAAAUUUACUACAUAAGAACAGGAGAAAAAUGUAUAUUUUGGUACGUUUUUAAAUGCACAGCAUUGGUCAAAUUAUUUCCAAGCGUCGAGAGCUAAAAGAGUUUUUAUAUUUUUUGCUAAAUUAGGUUUUUACUUGAGGGGUCUUGAUUCAUGAAAUGAGCAGCGUGUGUAAAUCCGUCAUACAUGUGAUUUACAGUCAUGUCAUGAAUGAAGCUCAAUGUCUGUACAUACUGUACAUAUGCCAUGGGUUUUUGUGGGCGGGGUUUUGACUUUCUCAGACUCUCAUUGGACUGUUGACUUUGUUCCGAACUCUAGCGUGCUGUCUACAUGGACAACAUUUAAAGGCAUCGAGGAUAAUCUAACGCAUUUAACAUCAGACACGCGUCGUGACGUGACGUGAGCAGAUUCUGUUUAAGCAAUAUUCUCUUUUCAGUUUUAUAUCUGCGCAUGUGAGCAAUAAUCAGUGGGGUUUGGAACAAAGUUUUUCAGCUGACAUAACUGCAGAACAUAUGAUGAUGAACGCAUUCACGUGUUCCUCGCAUUGUGCACGUGACACAAAGUACAACAUAUAGACUGUAUUUUGUCGAAUUAAACUGGCAGGCAGUUUGUUUCUGGACGUUCUUCACUUUCCUCCAUUUCUACUCAUUCUCUUUCAGUUUUCAAGGUUUUUUUUGUGAAAGUUAAAGCUAUCAUUUAUGAGGCGUUUAGCCGCUUUAGAGAAAAAGAUCUGGUUGUGUUUUCCUGAAAGAUCAAAGGGAAAAGACCCAGACAGCGAGGAGGGCUGUGUGGACAUAUAUAUUAUAUACUGUAUAUAUCUAAUGUUUUGCGCAGUGUAACACUAUUGUACAUUUCUCUCUCUCUCUCUCUUAUUAUUUUUUGACGGUACAAUGCUGUUUUUUUAAAUGAAGGACAAAUGUUUAAAGCAAUGUAGUGGGAGCGCUGUUACAUCUCAGUGAGUGUAAUGUUUUUGUGUGUUUUCUGGUUGUGCGUGUGUUACAGUGCCAGCGCACACACACAUGUUUCACGUGUGUAGUGUAUACUGAAGUAUAGAUGAACACAUUUACGCUGGUUUAGAUGAAUUCAGUCUGUCAGUGAUCUGCUGUAAUCUUCAGAUAACACUUAAAUCAUAUUUCCAGCCUCACACUACACAAUAUUUGAAACUGGGUUGUGUGGUGGGUUUGUUUUGUUGUGUGUUUAUACUCAGAUGUUGAUGUGCAGUCUUCCGUGUGACACGUGCAGCAGGUUUAUCCUCCGCCUCAUGAAAGCACUGCACCACACACACUGGAACUCUUUAAGCAACUAAAGCAAUAAGUCUGUUUGAAACUGACGGUGACUGAGGCAUUCAAAUUAUUUUUCAGAAGAGAAGCUCUAUUUUUCAAGACCUGUUUUAACCCCUUUCUCAGAUUUUGACAGUACUUGUUGUUGAUGUUUGUUUGGAUGAUUUGUAAAAGGGGCGGGGCUCUGGGAUCAGUAACAUAACUGGAAAGCAUCAGUGGGUAACGCUCUGUCCCGUUGCCACGGAGACGUGCGUCAUCACUGUGACCUGAUGCUCAUAUUCGCUGGUCCACUGUCCCUUGACUGUAUUUUUUAUUUUCCACCUCUGGAAACGUUCAAAUAAAAGAUCCUAAUAAAUUAUUUUUAAGCAUUCCA